CGGACUUCCGAUGCAACACUAUUCCACACUUUUUCGAUGUACUCUCCUACAUUGGUUCCUUGCAACAACAUAGACAAAAGAGACAGCAAGUCGGCUACUGCAACGCAGUCAACACCUCCGCAGUUGUUACAUUCGUCGCCACCGCUGCUGCCGUCGUCCAAUUCCCCAUCGCUGCAUCCAUCGAAUCCRCCAUCGCCGCUUGGGUCGUCCGAUUCCACCCUUGUUGUAGCUCUUUGCCCGAAAGACGCCGACGAAACCAUCACGACCAUAAUGCCACCGUUGGUGACAUGGACGGUGAAAUCCCUGGGCCACUCACGAUUGCGACUGUCGCGGCUUGAGCGGUCCCGCGAAGAAAUUGAGUCCCUAUCGAUCCCCACCAAGCGUUUGCCGUUGGAGGAGAAGGAACAGCACACGGUGCCGUCUUCGAACUUGCAUUCUUCGUGCGCAAAAACGCGCGCAGUUGCAACCAAUCACGAUUCCCAAAAGAGGCGAAAAGAGAGCGAUGACGAAACCUCCAUUCCAGUACAACCAGUCUUAUUGCGUGAUGACACAUCACCCAGACGCAAUUCCGAGACAGAACAAAGUGAAAUGRUUCCAACUUAUUCUUCUUCUCAUGUUCGCASCGGUUUGAACAGCAGAAUGACACCACAAAUCGUGAACGGCAGUUCGGAUGGUGAUCAGCCCAGUCGACAUCCACCAAUGAAAAACGCGAAUUCAGGUAUGCUGACAAAAAGUGCUUCAAAAAGUAAUUCAUUCAUUCGUAUUUCCCCGUCGCCCCAAACUCAAACAAAUAAUGCUGAAGCAGCAUCACUAAGUACUAAAAAGACCUCGACAGAGCCAGUUAAAAAACACAUCACACAGAACAACACAGCAGGAAAACGAAACAUAUUGUGCUCUUCCACAACAGGGAACAACAAAGAAGAUACCAAUUUGUCAUCGGUGGUUGUCCUUCGAGAUUUCAUUGGCGGCAAUGUUAUCGCCAACUCGUCUACGACUGAAUCAGCACUAGUACCCCCCACCUUGACACCAUCGUCGUCCUCAUCAUCAGUAGAAACAAAAACCGAAAACGAAACCCGCCUGGCUUUGAAAAAGGACGGUCCUCCUGCUAGCAAAACUAUGGAGGCUGUGGACAAGCAGGGCAAACGUCCCUUGCCAUCCAUCCGACAACAACAGCUACCACUGCAACAGGAAUCUGCUCCAUCCAAAUCACUAAACAACAACACCGACAUUUCUCCCUCACCAACUCAGRAGAACAGUAUAGUGUCGUCUCUGMCAAGCGAAAAGGGACCUCAUCUGAAACUUCARAGUGACAACCAAAGUCUGUCUAGCACAAUAAAAGACGCAAUCGUAGUCCACCCGACACCGCCUGUGACAMAGGCGCAAAAAGUAGAAACCAUUCGACCUCUUAAACCAGAGGUGUCAGCCACGAAACAAGCGUCAUCUGGUGAAUUACCAUCAGCAUUGCCCUCGAAGCUAGAAUCAAAACCAGUGUCUUCGUCUACCAAGAAAGAAGCGAUAGGCCCCUCUGACAAACAAUCAAUACCAAGCAGACUCAUACCUCUAGCCGGUAAACCAUCUCCUACCAUGUGCCCCGCUCUUCCCGCAAAAUCAAUUCACUCGGUGGGCGCCAACAAGGCGGACAGGAGUUCCAUGUCUUCGCCAAGCAGCGUUGCACCCCAACCCACAACGAGCAACAACUUUCAAUCCAAGAAAAACCUCAAGACCGGCCACCCUUCGACUCCCGGCAGCAAGAAGAGAAAGCGCAGUGGAUCCGACAGCACCGCCUCGACUUCCUCGAAGCCAAAGGGCCAAUCCUCCGGCCGGUGGACCGCAGACGAGCACCAGGCCUUUCUCGAGGGGCUUGCGGAGUGCGGCAGGGAAUGGAAGAAGGUCGCGCAGCGGAUCCCCACCCGAAGCUCGGCCCAGAUCCGAUCGCACGCGCAGAAGUACUUUGCCAAGCUCCAAAGGGACCAGGAAACCUCGGCGGCCACAACGGCGGUCAACGCCGUGUCUGGCUCUCUAAUCCAGGGGGACCUGGCGGCAGCGGCCGCCAAUUGUGCCAGCACCACAUCGUUUCUGAUGACGGGGGUUCCGCUUGCKUCKGGCGGGAGCCUCGUUGUUGUGGGAGAAGGGGGGCGCCUCUCGGGGACCAUUGUCACCGGUCCGGCGGCCCUGCCCCCGUCGGUACAGCGUAACGUUGAGCGGAUCGUUGCCAAUCCCCGAGCGGCGCAGCGUGAGGUAGAGGACACCAUGGAGGCGCUCCGCAGGCGCUACCGUCAGCUGCAGCAGCGGUUGGAGGAGCGGCGGAAGCAGCGGGACGAAAAGCGAAAACGCCGGCAGCAACAACAAUCCACACAGCAGCAGCCGUCCGUUCUAUCGUCGAAUGCGACCGAAUCCACCGAUGAUUCGAGCAGCACCAUUGCUUCCUCGCACCAGUUACCGCAAGCCCGACAAACGACAACGACACCAUCCGAGCAACAAAGCCGUUCCCCGAAACAACCCUGCAAUCCCUGUCGAAAGCGUGCAUUGAACCUUCCUAUGAAUCGCAACCAACCGAACAGCAAACGUAGCAACGGUCGAUCGUCGUCUCCCCCUACGGGCGACGAAAAUUCCUCCGUAUCGUCCAACGUCUCCUCGAUCGCCGCAAGCCGGACGGACCUGGGGAACGAGGAGAUUGUCGCCCUCGAGGUAUUGGGUGAGGCUCUCCCCAGGGGGGAUUCCGUCAACGAUCUCCAAGUACUGGACAGUAGAGACCCUUUUGUGGCAUUGAGGGACGACACGGUACCAUCCGCUCCCGAAGUGCCUAUUGUUCUCGGCAUCCAUCAAAGCUUGGUACCAAACAGUGACGRCAACARCACCAAGCAUCACCAAGUCGAUCCSGGACUGAAGACAACCAAAUAACCAGAUAAAUGACGACCAYGAGA